AUGCCAAACACCGUCCGAAGAAUUUCGGAACCUUCAGAAGCGACUUCUCGGGACAAACCGCCUCCACCAAAGAGGUCACGACGAACAACAGAGGCAGAAUCACCUGAGCAGAAGCCACUUCAGGCUUCUUCGGAUUCUCAGUUAGAAGAUGCAUUGAAGUCACGUACGCGGAAGUCGAUGAGAGCAGCGAAAACAAAAGUUUUCGAGGAUUUUGUUUCUACUCCCUAA